AUGAACGCAUCCUGUCAAUGCGGCGCCGUCUCCUUCAAAACACCCCUCGCCAAACCCCUCGCUAUCUACAUCUGCCACUGCGACGAAUGCCGACGUCAAUCAUCAUCUGCUUUCGGGUGCUCAGCCAUCUUCCCGCGUUUUGAAUUGCCGUGUAAAGAGGCGUUGAGUUGUUAUUCACGUCCUACAGCAUCAGGUCACACAUUAAACUGCUAUUUCUGCCGUAACUGCGGCACGCGCGUAAUCCACACGACGCCCGGUAAAGGCGUGCUUUCUGUCAAGGGCGGCUGUAUCGAGGGCCUGGAUUGGAAAUCCGCUAAGCAUAUUUGGUGUAAGCGCGCUAUGGUGCCUAUUCCGGAGGGCGUGGAGAGGAGUGAUGGGGAGCCGGAUGAUGAUGAUGGGCUAGGAGUUGGGGUGGUGCCGAGGGAUAAGGAUGGGGGGGUGGGGGGUGCGAGUACUUUGAUACAGUGGACGGGGAAUCGGGCGGGGCUUGAGAGGGAAUGGGGUGGUGAAGGUGGAGGGAUGAUGGGGAGGGAGGUGGGUGGGGCUGGUGAUGGGAGUGGGAGUGGGAGUGGGAGUAGGGGGAAAGGGAAAGGGAAGGAGACGGAGAAAAUAGCGGACGUGGAUUGGAAUGUAAAUGUGGGGGCGGGAGUAGAGGAAUCGCAGAGACAGGGUGAGAUUGAGAGGGAGAUUGUCGAGAUGACUAGGCGGUUUGAGAGGAAGCAGAUGGCGAAGAAGAUGCAGAGUGAAAAGCAUUGA